AGAAAAGAAAAGAACCCUACAAUUGUAUUACAGCGCCAUGUUCCGUUUCGCGCUCCUCGUUGUGUGUAUCCUGGGUCUGGUACACGCCUAUAGCAGGGGUCGUAAUGUGUAUUACAGAACCUGUUACGGCGGGAAGUAUGUCAACUCACUCGUCAGUGUGGAAAACAGUCGCUAUGCUGAUCGCCUACUGGGCAUUAAAUGCGGAGGAAACGAGGCCUAUCGAGACUGUGCAUGGAGUUCGGCUGGCUAUGGGUGGGGAUUUUCGCUUCACUUCCUAUGCCCUGGGAACAGAGUCCUCUUCGGCAUGCAGACGACCAUUGACAGUGCGAAGAAGAGAAGUUACACCUUUUACUGCUGCGAUAUAAAAGACAAAACUCCACAAAACUGUAAUAUCACCCCGUGGAUCAACGGCUGUGACGAAGAUUUGAACUGGGAACUUCCAAAAGGGAGGGUGAUCACUGGACUCCACAGCCUCAUUGUAAAUGAGGGAGGAAACUCCACUACCGGAGAUCGCCGAUGGAGGCUGCAAAUCUGUGACAUCUGAGGAGCUGUUCAUUUCCUGGAUGGCCUCCCCUUCCACUGGUCAAACCACAGCAAGGAUGACGUCACUUUUCUCAAGCCCUUUCUCUUUUGUUUUUUAACUUUGUGGCACACAUUUGACCCUGUUGUCUACUUCUAAUUUCAAAAAGAAUUUUUUUUGUGGUCAAAAGUUGUCGAGAUAAAUUAAAGACUGAAAACAGGAUGCCCCAUUUGUUAGAAAGAUGAUUAAUAUACACCUCUGUGCACGGACUCCAUGAAUUCUUUUUUUGUUAGUUUUCUAUCAAUAUAGAACUAGGCAUUCUUUGUGAAAAUCAUGAACACAAGUUGUGAUAUAAUAACGUGCCAGAAAAUUUAGCUAAAAUGCGCUAAAUUAAGAACGCUACAACUUAUAAAUUUGGACAAAUAUAAUAAGAAAACUAGGUGAAUAAUUAUUAAAUUGAGACUGAAUAACUCGUGAGGGAUCUGUCCGUCUGUAAACGUAAUCAGAUAUUGCUAAUCAUAAUAAUGCAAUAAAAUUACUUGCUAGAGCGUCUUAGG